AAUCGCGCCACGGAGGUCAACGUCUCUCUUUCCGGUAGUUCGCUUCCUGAUUUGUGGGAGUUUCAGACUGAAAUACUACAAAAAUCAACGGGAAAACUUUGGUUUCGGAAAUGUCUGGCUAUGAACAAACGUGUGUGUUUCCUGCCCUGCCGCGCACCCAGCGUGCCACGGCCUUCACUCUGGGAGGAGACCCUAAAGGCAAGAACAUCCUCUACUGCUUCGGGCAGAGUGUCGUCAUCAGGGAUCUAGAGAACCCAGCUAUCGCAGAUGUUUACACACAACACGUGGCUAAGACGACAGUCGCCAAGUAUGCUCCCAGUGGCUUCUAUAUUGCAUCUGCAGAUGAGAGCGGAAAGGUGCGUAUUUGGGACACCACGCAGAAGGAGCACAUCCUGAAGUACGAGUACCAGCCAAUAGCGGGAGCCAUCAAGGACAUAGCCUGGUCACCUGACAGCAAGAGGAUUGCUAUCUGUGGAGAUGGCAAGGAGAAGUUUGCCCAUUGUUUCCUGUGGGACACUGGCAGCUCUGUUGGCGAGCUUGUGGGAAUCAGCAAAGUUGCGAACUCCAUCGACUACCGGGCGACACGGCCCUUCCGCAUCAUCACAGGAGGGGACGACAACACCACAACCUUCUACGAGGGACCACCUUUCAAGUUCAAAAUGUCGCUUGCGGAACACACACGUUUUGUGAACUGUGUACGAUUUUCCCCGAAUGGUGAGAGGUUUGUAACAGUCGGCGCUGAUGGCAAGGGCUUCAUAUAUGAUGGUAAAACUGCAGAGUUGAUAGGUGAACUGGGAGGUGGCAAGGCUCAUGAUGGGGGGAUCUACGGGUGUUCUUGGAGCCCAGACAGCAACCAGCUGAUCACAUGCUCAGGAGACAAGACUGUCAAACUGUGGGACAUGGAACAAAACUCUGUGGUCAGUACGUUUGUGAUGGGGAAAGACAUAGAAGACCAGCAGCUGUCCUGUCUGUGGCAAGGGGACUACCUCCUGUCGGUGUCGCUGAAUGGGUACAUCAACUACCUGGACAAGUCCAACCCAUCCUCUCCCAUUAGGAUAGUCAAGGGUCACAACCAGCCUAUUUCUUCCAUGGCUCUUUCUGAGGACAAAUGCACAGUCUACACGGCUGACAACAGUGGCCGUAUCACCCACUGGGACACAUCCACGGGUGCACAUGACGUCAUCUGUGGCAAGGGUCACAAGAACAAGGUGUCGGGUAUGGGGGUCCAGGGGGGAAACCUCAUCACCUGCAGUAUGGACGACAGUGUCAGGUACACCCAUGUACCGGGGACAGAGUACGGACCAGAUGCUGUUACCAUGGACUCACAGCCCCAGGGUGUUGGAUUGGGCAAGGAUGGUCUGUCAGUGGUGGCCUGUACAAAUGAGGUGGUUGUGGUGAGAAACGGGAGGAAGAUGUUCAGCCUGCCUGUGGAUUUCGAGGUGACCGCGGCUGGCAUACACCCCAACCAGACUCAGGUCGUCGUGGGAGGCAAAGCGGACAAGAAGCUGCACGUGUAUAACCUGGCAGGAGACACCCUGGUGGACUGUAAGACGGUCCCGUUGAAGGACGCCGUCACCGCCUUUGCGUUCUCCCCCGACGGCAGGUACCUGUCCUGCGCCCAGACCUCCAGACAUAUCACUACCUUGGACGUCACUGCAGGUUACGAGAUCAUCCAAAACCUGGAUGCAUGGAUGCAGAACGCCAAGGUGACCUGUCUGGCCUGGAACCCCAGCAGCACACACCUGGCCAGCGGCUCUCUGGACACCAACAUCAUCAUCUGGACUCUGGCCAAACCCUUCGACAGGUUCGAGCUGAAGGGUGCCCAUCCGAUGAGCCAAAUUGUAGGAGUUGACUGGUUGUCAGACCACAAGCUCAUCUCCGUAGGAAUAGACAACAGCAUCCGGGAAUGGGACAUCAAGUUGUGAAGUGCCUCCUACCCACAAUGCACCAGGAGAUUGACCUCCAUCUUUUAUCACCAAUAACGACCAGUCACAUUAUAUAACGUGUCAUCUAAGGUUCUUUUCUAAACAGCUUCUAGACUUAAAGUUUCAGAUUUCAAUAAUUUCUAUUAUAACUUUUUUGAUAGUGUGAAAUAUGGGAGAGGCAGGACAGCUUUCAAUGACAUAUUCCUAUGGUAGCUAACUUGAAGUAUGUAGCAUCAAGAUGGAUUUGUCUGUCUCGGUGUAGUAAGUGAUAAAUUUUCCAUCAUGCUGAAUAUCUUGGCCCAGCAUGUUUCAAUGUCAUGCAGUGGUCAAGAUUGAAAUAUAUUCCUUUCUUGAGGAGCUAGCUGUUGAGAAUUGCUCUUGGUAGACUUUUGUGUACGGUUUAGCAACUGAAGAGAAGGAUGAAAUGAAGAGGAUAGCUGGUUACCUAAGGAAGGCAAAUGAAUGUAAUGACAGGAACACCCCUAUGGUAUGUUCCAAAGUCCCUACGCUCUGACAAAGGGUUAGGGUUUUCAGAGCUAAGGUUGAGUUGUCGGAACAUAAGAGUGUUGGAACAUAGGGGUGUCAGAACUUAGGGGUGUAUACAUAACCAACUAGACUGCCUUGGGAGUACUACAAGAUCAAUGGUAAUUCUGAAAAUGGUGACUCAGAGAUAUGCAUGUAAUGGUUUAACUGCAGUGGCUAAGUGUUCCAUGUGAUUUAACUUGCUGCUUAGAAAGGCAAGUUUCAAUGGAAGAAAACUUUGCAUCCUUGUCAAUGAAACAAGUCCAAAUCCUCCAAGAAAGGAAGUAGAAGGAAUAGAUUAAUGCAUCAGUGGUAAUAGUUAUGGACGAAGAGAAAUGAUACAUACAUGUAAUACAAUUUAUGGAACUAAACAGACUGGUACAAACCUGAUUAUAGUAUGUUGUAACUAAGGUUCUCAAGCAGUGGCGAAAGAUUAUAUUCGUAGAGUCAUGAAAUGAGCAAUAGAUAUGAAUCUAGAAUGUGUUCAAUUUUGGAGUCGCUAAAUUAUGCCAUAGGCAAUGCGCAGGAUUACCAUAAUGAUUAUUAUAGUUACCCGUACAAUAAUGCAGCUAUACUAUAUGUUACAGGUAAACAGAUGCAAAUAGGUCUGUGAGCAUUAUUGUGUAAUGGUAUGCUCAGUAUCAGUGGCUCGGUAAAGUUUAUCUGUAGGAAUAUUACCAAUCCAUUAUCAUUACCUAAUGAAUAACCUUUCACAUAGAUUAUUAUCCAUCACCAAUUGUAGUCCUCAUAUGUUUAGCUUAUACCGAUCCAGCUGUCUGAUAUAUUCACAGACUUAUAUUCACAUUAUGCAAAGAUAAUUACAUCAAACUCUCACAUCUUGGUUCUAUACCCUCCAGUUGUGAGGGUUUUGAAUGAUUUAAGUGCACUUCUUUGGACAUGACUGCCAUGUGGAGGAAACUCUUAAACAAAACUUCUAAUCGUCUCGGUUUUCACUGUUUGCCAUCGAUACAUGUAUGCAAGGUCAUUGACAUCAGAAAGGUCAAAUAAACUUCACCUGUGGUGUUUUUUUUAGCAAAUGAGGAGCAUCCGAGGAUGAUACUCAUGUUGGGCAUUGUGUGAGAAACCGUUUUCCAGAGGAUCUUUUGUAUUAGACUCUGAUACUGAAGCUGUGACCAAAACUAAGACCUUCCACCCUGGCAGCUAUACUGUUCUUCACAUAGACCUGUGAUGAUUAAUGGUACUUGUAUCUGUGAACUCUGUAUUUCCUCAAUAUGGUAUACUAGUAAGUGAUAGGUCUGGAAGUACAUGUACAUGUAUAAGGUAUGGUAUACUGAUACCAGAGCCCGCUAUGUGUCUACGUGUAUUAUACAUUAACAGGACGCUGCAUUUCAGAAUUAAUGUGAAGGUCUGCAUAUUCUGAAUGUAAUAAUCAUCAUGAUGUGCAAGAGUCAAUGAAACAACUUCGGUGUUCCCUAGCCUGUCUAUGGUAACAGACACACGCACAAAGUACAACAGAAACUGAGGCCUUUCCAAUAUCUCUCAACAAAUCAGGAAGUCCUGUCUCUGAUACAACUGAAUCUAUCACCCUGGACAUCUGUAAUAUUCUAGUACCGUAUUGUAUACACUUUUGUAUCAACCUAUAUAUGUUAUGAACCUAACUUGAGAAGAAGAAUGUACAUGUAGCUAUUCUACGGUUAGUUGCCUAGCAAACUGUGGUGUGAAACCUUGUCUAUAAGAACAAAAUAAUACGCUUAUCUGAGAUAAGAUUGUUCAGCUCGAUGCCAUCUGUCUUGUCUUUAGAUAUUAGGGUACCAUGAUUUAUUUUAUCAUUAGCCAGUGCUGUUAAGUAUGGAAAUUCGUUAGCAAAGACUAUAAUUUCAAGCCAGCUGUGUAAAUUUUCAUGUCGUUUUCAUCUAGUAUUUGAAAUGAAAUCAAACACACGCUUGCAUUCAUGAACUCUUUGUAACCGCAAUUAUGUCAAUGGCGCACUGAAAGGGAAAUUACGCUCAUUUUACAAUUAUGGCUCAAGUACUAGGGGUAGUUGGCAAUUCUGGGACUGACAACUGCUAAAGGAGUCCACGUAGAAAUAGGUAUGUGUGAUGGAGGAUAGGGGCUGGUGGGCAGCUGUGUUGACUUAGGAAAUGACCUUCAACAUAAAGGAUAGAUAGCCUCACUGGUAUAUUUUUCCUUCUAUGUAACAAUAUAAACUCAUCAUAAUUCACGCAAAUAUCAUAAUUAUAUGAUUCUAUAGAUUUUGGUUAGUCCAUACUGGUGGAUUUGAAUUUUCCAUGCUACGACAUUUUACGCCAGAAAUAAAGAGUAUGAUUCUGACAUUA